GCUGGACGAAGACGCGCGAAGAAGGGGUGUGAUCUAAGCCGUCGCGCCAAACGCGAGGAGGAUGCGCGCUCCCGUCCCGUGUCCGACUCCGUGUGACAUGUGACUCUACAACUCGCUCACAUGGCUUUUGCGUUCCGUUCCGUAGCGAUCCGUUGCGAUCCAUGAUCCUCUUUGGAGUUUAAAUCCGGGCGCUGCGACUCGCGGGGGCAGAGAGAGCGACGCGGACAGCCGCCCCGGCCGGACGCACCAUCAUCAUCAUCAUCAUCAUCAUGGCCAGCGACGGACAGAAAGUGGUGCUCAUCACGGGCUGCUCGUCCGGGAUCGGCCUUCGGGUUGCUGUGCUGCUGGCAAAGGACGACAGGAAACGGUACCACGUGAUUGCUACCAUGAGGGACACAAAAAGGAAAGACAAGCUACUGGAGGCGGCAGGUGACACCUACGGGAAGACAUUGACGCUGCAAACGCUGGACGUGUGCAGUGAGGAGUCCGUCAAACAGUGCAUCAACAGCAUUAAGGACCGCCGCGUGGAUAUUCUCAUAAAUAACGCGGGCAUUGGCCUACUGGGGCCAGUGGAGAGCAUCAGCAUAGAGGAGAUGAAGAAGGUGUUUGAGACCAACUUCUUCGGCAUGGUUCGCAUGAUCAAGGAGGUGAUGCCUGACAUGAAGAUGCGUCGCAGUGGCCACAUCAUCGUGAUGAGCAGUGUCAUGGGCCUACAGGGUGUGGUGUUUAAUGACGUGUACACCGCCUCCAAAUUUGCCAUGGAGGGCUUCUGCGAGAGUCUGGCCGUACAGCUCCUCAAGUUUAAUGUCAACGUAUCAAUGAUUGAACCUGGACCAGUACACACAGAGUUCGAGGUCAAGAUGAUGCAGGACGUUGCCAAGAUGGAGUACCCCGGGGCUGACGCUGACACCGUGCGCUACUUCAAGGAUGUCUACCUACCGUCCUCCCUUGACAUCUUCGAGGCCAUGGGCCAGAGUCCAGAAGACAUCGCCAGGUGCAUUAAGAAGGUGAUCGAGGCACGUCGCCCGCGUUUCCGGAACCUGACCAACAGCCUGUACACCCCCAUCGUGGCCAUGAAAUACGCUGAUGAAACGGGGGGCCUGUCCGUCCACACGUUUUACAAUCUGCUGUUUAAUUUUGGCCCACUCAUGCACAUCACCAUGAACAUCCUCAAGUGCCUGACCUGCAGCUGCCUGCGCAGACGCACCAUCUCCCCCAACUGAGGGGGCCAAAGAGAGAUGUAGAACAAAGUAUGCCAUGCGCACAAACGUGCACAAAUAUCUGUUCAGAUUGUUUUUAUUUCUCUAAGACCGGGGCUCUGGCCAUAACUAACAGAUCAUCCUACAACUAAUCAAUAACUUCAAGUAGUGCUGUACCCUAGUGUCCUGAGGCAGGUCAUAUUAGAGCCAGGGGAGCUAAAUGUACAGGAAGGCUGUCUGACUGCAUAUAAAACGCCAUAUUGUCUUGUGUUGGACUCUCAGAACAGCAGUGAGGGCAAAGUCUGCAGAGCGAGAGGGUCCGUCAGUGCUGGGGAGAGAGCGGGGUCACUCACACCUGACAGUAGGGGUAGCACACAGCCACCGCCAAGGACGGCGUGAGCGAUAAACACAGAAACUUGGUGUGAACACAGCGAUGCGUCACAUGCCAGCCGCAAAGGACUGCAACGCACAGCACCGCCGCUCUUCGUUCUCAUUGGUGACAUGAUGCUUUCGGGUCUUUCCUUUGCUGCAGAACAAGAUUUUUG